CGAUGCUCAACCUUGGAAAACAGUUAGUCCAUAGCAACACACCCGCGCCUCAUCAUCCGAAAACCCAUCAAUGCCAUCGAUACCAUCAACGAGCCUUCCAUCCGCAUCGACUACCACUAACUGCCUACAUUAAGCCACGAAGUCCACGUCGAUAAGCUCACCGUAUGCAUUCUCCCGCAUCGCAUUAACUCGGUCGCUGUCGGAUCAGCCUAACCAGGGGCUGGCCUCCACGUCUCCACCGCAGCCCUGGACGAGAUGGGCGUCAUCAGAAAGAAGACCGUCACUCGGGGCGGUGAGGGUGGUGUCAAGUAUCAUUGCGAUAUUUGCUCUGUAGACAUCACAUCCACGGUACGCAUCAGAUGCGCGCACUCUGCUUGCAAUGACUACGAUCUCUGUGUCCAAUGCUUUUCCCACGGAAAGUCUAGUUCAAAUCACAAGCCCGAAACACAUCCAUAUCGUGUCAUCGAACAAAACUCGUUUCCCAUCUUCGACCGUGAUUGGGGUGCCGACGAAGAACUACUUUUGCUCGAGGGCGCAGAGAUAUAUGGCUUGGGAUCAUGGGCCGACAUUGCCGACCACAUUGGCGGGUUCCGCCACAAGGAUGAAGUAAGAGAUCACUACCUCAAAGUCUACGUUGACUCGCCACGGUUUCCGCUGCCGAAACGAUGCAGUCCGCACGAUAUGGACCUUGCGAACGAGAUUUCUAGAGAGGAUUUCCAAGCAAAGAAGAAGCGCAGGAUAGAAGAGCGGAAAGAAGCCGCCAAGAACGCGCCCACAUUGCAGCCGAAGACGAAACCGACUGCUUCCGUACCGUCAUGUCACGAAAUUCAAGGCUACAUGCCUGGCCGUUUGGAGUUCGAGACCGAAUAUGCCAACGAGGCCGAAGAAGCAGUGCAGCUUAUGCAGUUCGACCCAGGCGAUGGCCUCAACCCCCGAACAGGCGAGCUUGAGCCGGAAAUGGAGCUGAAGCUGACAGUCAUGGACAUUUACAACUGUCGUCUCACGCAACGUGUCGACAGGAAAAAGGUCAUUUUCGAGCACAACUUGUUGGAAUACCGUGAGAAUACCAAAGUGGAGAAGAAGAGGAGCAAGGAGGAGAGGGACCUCUUGAACAAGGCCAAGCCUUUCGCUCGGAUGAUGAACCACGAUGACUUCGAGAGCUUGUGCCAAGGCCUGAUUGACGAGCUUAACUUACGGCAGGCCAUUCAACAGCUCCAGGAGUGGCGAAGCGUGCGCAUUGGCGACUUGCGCAGCGGGGAGAAAUAUGAGACGGAAAAGGCGCAACGGGCACAGAAGGCUGUACCCAUGGGAUCCAUGGACAGGGACCGCCUGGCCUCGGCACAACGGUCUAAGGCAGCCGCUGUACCCGACCCUCCGAGCGGUGCCGCCCUGCUUGUGGCUCCCGAGCUGCCUAUCCGGUCGGCGCCAGCCCCCGACGGCACCAACGGUACCAUUCCGCCCAGGGAACCCAGGGAUCCUAACGGGGACAGCAAACCCCAGACCAAUGGCAACGCCAAUGGAGCUACCACAAACGGUACGGUCGUCGUUGCCAACGGCACAGGUCCGUCAGGCCCUGUGACACGGCAGAGGUACAUGGCCCCGGCCCUGCCGGGCGUCACGCCACUUCAGCUCACCCAGGACGGUGCGCCGGAUUUGCACCUCCUGACGCCGGAGGAGGCUAAGCUCUGCGAAGUGGUGAGGUUGCAGCCGAAGCCGUACCUGAUGAUCAAGGAACAGAUCCUCAAGGAGGCCCUCAAGAGCAACGGCACUCUCAAGAAGAAGCAGGCCAAAGAGAUAUGCAGGCUCGACUCACAGAAGGGCGGUCGCAUAUUCGAAUUCUUUAUCAACGCCGGAUGGGUCGGUCGCGCGUAGACAGGGCUACCACUGUAGCUAGGUGGCAGAGGUUUGCUGGCAUUCAGGCCUGAGGUUUCCGCUGGGUGGUUGGCUUUGGCGUCGUGUCGAAAAGGGCGACGGAAGCUUCGAUUUUUUGGAGUAGGGCGUUUGACAACAGUUACUAGGGAGCAUGUUUAGCUAUCGUGUAUGAAGAUACCAAUCUAUGAUCGUAAGAAUUGAUGCUCUUCGGGCC